AUGUUUACCAACAUUAUAUCAUUCCCGAGCUCUCUGCUCGCGUUGACCGCGCUCUCUCAUCAUGUUGAAGCAUCGUGCGAGCCAAAUGCCGCGUUCUUAGCAAACAAAGUCAAUCAUAUCGGACUCAACUCGACUCUUGCGACCAUCGACUCUGUACUGAACAAUUACCUUUCCAAGCCGGACGCACAGGCCUCCUCGCUGUCCAUCCAGAUCACCACUUCGCAAGUAUCCAUAUGGUCGAAAUAUCAUACCCCGAAUAUCUCCACUCAAGCUGAGCAUGGCCACGGGGUUGAUGGAUCCACAACGUAUAGAAUCGCAAGCAACACCAAGAUAUUUACUGCUAUGGCUGUCUUGCAACAACAGGCCAAGGGAAAGAUUGACCUUGACCAUGCCGUGUCCGAUUAUGUCCCAGAGCUUAAGAAUUCCAGCGGCUCGAUCCAGUGGAAUCGCAUAUCGAUCAGAUCGCUGCUCAGUCAACAGAGUGGUCCAGAACAAUUCGAUCUCUUAACGGAAGGUGUCGCAGAGAUCCUUGGAUUACCUCCGGUCAUUGAUGUCGAGUUCGACGAUCUACCUGCUUGCGACCUCAAUGUAUCCGUGGCAUGCGAUAGGGCGGGUCUCCUCAACGUCCUGCGUGAAGCAAAUCCAGUCUUUCCACCGCACACAGAGGCCUCGUACAGCAACGUGGGUUUCGAUCUGCUAGGCCUGGUCAUAGAAGCAGUCACAGGGAUGCCAUACGAAGACUAUAUCACAAUAGCGAUUACCAAACCUCUGGGUAUGAAUGCAACGACGUUCACGACGUCAUCGAAUACUUCUGGCGCUUUCUUGGCCUCAGAUAGCCAAUGGUCGCAAGAUUUAGCUGUAGGCAAUGCCGCUGGUGGACUAUACAGCUCGUCUGACGACAUGACUCGUUUCAUGCGCUACUUGCUCAAGCAUCAUCAGACGAUCAGCCCUAUGAUCGACUGGUUUGAACCGGUGGCAUACUCUGCCGGCUCACACAGCUUGAUUGGGAUGCCCUGGGAGAUCUUCCGAGCCACCACUGUACUCCCUCAGACCAAUCGGCCUGUCACUUUCAUCACUAAAGGCGGCGGGCUCACAGGCUAUUACAGCUACGUCGUGCUAAUAUCUCAGUACGACCUUGCCAUAACCAUGCUCUCUGCGGGAAGUCUCGGCUCGUUCAACUCUUUACUCGACGCUAUCACUACAACUCUUGUCCGUGGUGCCGAGGACUUGGCUCAACGCGACCUGGCCGUCACAUAUACUGGCACGUACAACGACGCCAAUCUUAACUCCUCGAUCACCUUGGCACAAUCAUCAGCUCGUUCACUCUAUAUCUCCGCCUGGACGUCCAACGACACUGACGUGCUCGCUCAAUCAUACAAACUCGUGUCCGCUCUGGGCGGUGUUCCUGGCGGCAUCUACUACCAAGUCGUCCCGACCUUCGAGACUCGGCUCCAAGCCAAUCUUACCGGCCAGGUCUGGCGCUUCUACAAUGUUCAAGAUACACUAGCCGAGUCGAACGUGACCUCGCAGAUCUGGAACGACUACUGCGUGACCAACGUUGACCCGCUGAACUAUGCCGGUAAGCCUUUCAAUGAGAUGGUUUUCUGGUUCGAUGGCGACAAGGUCGCCUCGGUUGUCUUGACCGCCUUCAAUGCGACAUUGAUGAAGGAUAAGACUAAGUAG